AUGGUUAACAAACACGACAUGGAAAUACCUUUUGAAGAAUUAGAGCAGCCAGAGGUUGGACAUGGAGGCUACAAGGGUCUUAAUCCUCGAAGCGAGACUCUGCCAAAGGGCCACACUGUUGAUCCAGGCUUGCGACCACUACUGUGUGAUAUUUUGGUCGAGCAUGAUAGGGGUAUCGAGGUGAGGGACGGCUGCAAGCUUUUCGCGGACAUCUACCGCCCUCCUUAUGCCGCAGAUCGGUCGGUGCCUGCAAUACUUUGUUGGAGUCCGUUCGGCAAGAAGUUUAACGGAGUGGACUCGCUCAAACUCAUGACUCCAUGGAAUCUUGGUAUUCCUGGCGGUAUGCUUAGUGGUUUGGAAAAGUUUGAAGCUCCCGACCCUGCCGAGUGGGUGAACAACGGAUACGCUAUUAUCAAUAUUGAUUCUCGAGGAGCUUUCGACUCGGAAGGUCGUAUGGUGAUAAUGGGAACCCAAGAUGCGGAGGAUGGCUACGAUGUUAUCGAGUGGGUAGCGAAGCAGCAAUGGUGCAAUGGAAAGGUCGGAAUGGCUGGAAACUCCCAUUUAGCUAUCGUUCAGUGGUUCAUAGCUGCGCUACAGCCACCCUCUCUGAAAGCUAUUGCUCCAUGGGAAGGAUGUGGCGAUUUAUACCGUGAACAAUUUGGCCGUGGCGGUAUAUAUGGGGGAGAUCUAUUCGACAACCUCAUCAUCAAGUAUAUCCUACGCGGAAGAAACGGAAUGGAAAGCUUUCGAAAAAUGUAUCAGCAACAUCCGCUUGUUAACACCUGGUGGAAUGACAAAAGACCCGACAUGACCAAAAUCAAUAUACCGACGUACAUUACUGGCACUUGGACCAAUACAAUGCAUGGCAUGGGAGCGAUUCGAGGAUGGAUGGAGGUAAAUUCGCCGCAUAAAUGGCUGCGAUUUCACCCAUAUCAGGAAUGGUAUGAUAUUUGGGGCGACAGUCAGAGUAACACGGAGCUCAUCAAAUUUUUUGAUCGGUUUUUAAUGGAAAAAGAUAAUGAUUGGGAAUUGACUCCUCGAGUACGCCUAGCUGUCUUGCGGUAUGGCGAAAAUACGCCGCUGAAGAAUGUGAUAGAGGAUGACUUCCCUGUACCUCGGACCCAAUACAAGAGGAUGUACCUGACAUCAGAGCGAAGGUUAUCAUUCGAAGCACCCUCCGCUAAGUCUACUAUAGCCUACAAUUCUCAAGAGCAACAAAGCAUUGCCACGUUUACCUACACUUUCCCGGAGAAGAUGCAACUUAUCGGUAUCCCAAAGGCAGUGCUCUAUAUGCGAUGUGACGACUACGAAGAUAUGGACGUAUUUAUCCUCCUCAGCAAGUUGUCCCCCCUAGGCAAAGAACAGCUCAAUAUGAACAUUCCCUGGACCAAUCUUCCGGUGUCCUCCAUUGACGAGAUACCAGAGGACAAACGGACCGAAGUGAUUCUUUACAAAGGCCCCACCGGGGUGCUCCGCGCAUCACACCGUGCAAUCGAUAAAUCUAGAUCUAUGCAUCCAAACUGGCCAUUCCACCCCCAUGAGCGAGAAGACAAAAUCCAGCCGGGAACUGUGGUAAGAUUGGAGAUAGGUAUAUGGGCAAUGGGUACGGAGUUCGCAGCCGGUGAGAGUAUUCAAUUACGAAUCGGUGGAUUCUAUCCUGGUACCUCAAAUUUUGGAACAACUGAGCAUGUAAGAAACCACGGAAAACACUGGGUUCAUCUCGGUGGGGAGUAUGAUAGCCAUCUCGUGUUACCCUUUGUAUGA